AGUCGAAACUGUCAUCAGUGGCACUCUAGUUUGAACUAACAAUCUAUCGAAUCGAACGGAAAUCGAGAUGCGUCCAACACUCCAGGUCCUCAUCAGUGUCCUUUGUCUGGUCUAUGCCUACGCCUGGGAUCAUACCGACUGCAACGAUCACUUUAUCGAAUUCAUGGACUAUCCCGAUGAGAGAGCUAGCUCUUAUAGCGACGAAUCUUCAGAAUGGGAUUUCUUUGAAUUUUGGAGGCAAGUGUUGGGCCUGUAGCAGUUCUGACAUCGCUGACCACGCCCCUGGUCAUAGCAAUCACUUGGACCGAGACCUUCAGAUGUCAAGGCGUGAAUAAAGAACAUUAAAAUUUAACCCGUGUUCUCAUUUGCUAUGCCUGAAGAGGUGUCAAAAGGAGGUAUUAUUUAGGCGUGAUAUUAUACCCUUUAAUGGAGUAUCCCCACCAGGUGAAAACUUUUGACGUCGUAAAUGGAAAGAACUAAACAG